UUUCCGCGAAUGUGCGAGCUGCCUCCUUGCAAGCAGCCAUAAUUGGGAUUAUUCAGGAAUAAUUCGCCUAAUCCAGCCGUGCUGUUUUUGUUUUUGUUUUUCCUAUUUUUUUUUUCAUUUGAUUUCGGCAGCGUCUGCGAUGUGAAGCCCUCUGUGCCGUCGCUGGAUUUGUCCAAAAAUCAUGUAUUUGUUCUGCCACGGAGGCUUUUAUUUUGGACCAUUAAGAUGUAGUCCACCUUCGCUGGACAGCAAAACAAAGACUGCAUAAUAACAGUUCAGGGUAAAUACAUCGCCUUUUACGCCGAAAGAUGGGGGAAAGAGACGUAUCGCGGCUGUUGUCUGUGUGGACUAAUUGUCCUGGUGCCACUAGUCAAUAUAAACGCCAAGACGAUUCAUUUAGGGGAUGCGCGAUCUUUUUUUCCUCUCUAACGUUUGUGGGUGGGUUAUUAUAAGCAUUGAAAAUCUGACAUCAUUUGGAUAUAUGAACAGAGCAAGAUAUGUUGUUUUUCCACCGCGUGUGUUUCUAGGCUUCUGGAAACCCAUCCUCGACGUGAUGCAACAUAAAAUCUGUUUUCUCGGAUGAUAUUCAGACACCAAAUGAGCACCUUCUUCUCCAUGAAAAUGUAAAAGGGUGGCGGUGUAUUUUUUUUUGUGUGUGUGAGAGAGAGUGGUUUUUGUAUGCAUAUCUUUUAAAUGUGGCUUUACAUCAGUCCUCAUCCUGGAUUUUUUUUUUUUUGAUCAGCUGUUGAUUAUUAGGUAGCCUCUGCCCGUCUUAUGUUUAUUAAAUGUUGCUCAGUUCGCUUUCCUCGCGAUGGAUUUAUGCAUAACAGGUGUUGUUUGAGCCUGAGAUCACACAGCAAGACCAUGCAGCUUUAUUAUGUGCUUUUCUCUCCAUUUAACGAACACUGAAGCAAAGCGACUGGGAUCCCUUUUUUGUUGGGUUUUUUUUUUUUUGCUUUUUUUUUUUUUUACCGUGAGGAAAGAAAGGAUGCAAAAAUGAGGGGAUGAAAGGUGGCGAGGUUGUGGACAAAGAGGAAAGAUGAUUCUGUCUUGUAGAAAAGAUCCUUUCGGCCUCUCCUUGUAAAGACGAGAGAGCCGUGGGAGACGACGGCUGUAGGAGGAUCUGUACUGUUUUUAAAGGGGCCCAAACCAGGCAGGCUCUUGUGGAAGGGGAAAGAAUGGCUAACCAGAGCUUUGCCAUCGACGGCCCUGGCAGUUUGCUGGCUGUGCUGGCCUCUCAGAGUGGACUAGCAAGGGGCGGCAGCAGCAGUGACAGCAGCAACAACGAUGGAGGAAUCUCUGCCACAGAUGUGUCUGCCUACUUUAAGCUGGUCUUCUUGGGGUUGAUCAUCUGUGUCAGUCUUGUAGGCAACCUCUUGGUCUCCCUGCUGGUCCUGCGAGACAGGACGCUUCACAAGGCUCCCUAUUUCUUUCUUCUGGACCUGUGCCUGGCCGAUGCAGUUCGCUCUGCUGCCUGCUUCCCCUUUGUGCUGGUUUCCGUCCACAACAGCUCGGCCUGGACUUACAGUGCCUUGAGUUGUAAAGUUGUGGCUUUUAUGGCUGUGCUGUUUUGCUUUCACGCUGCCUUCAUGCUGUUUUGUGUGGCUGUCACUCGCUACCUUGCCAUUGCCCACCACCGAUUUUACGCCAAACGCAUGACCAUCUGGACCUGUGCCGCCAUCAUAUGCAUGGUGUGGACUCUGGCAGUCGCCAUGGCGUUCCCACCCGUCUUUGACGUGGGGACUUAUAAGUUCAUUCGUGAUGAGGAUCAGUGCAUUUUUGAACACCGCUACCUGAAGACCAACGACACCCUGGGUUUCAUGCUCAUGCUGGCUGUGGUGGUCCUGGCUACUCAUGGCUUCUACGCCAAGCUGCUGCUGUUUGAAUACAGGCACCGCAAGAUGAAACCUGUCCAGCUGGUGCCCGCUAUCAGCCAGAACUGGACCUUCCACGGUCCCGGGGCCACAGGUCAAGCUGCAGCUAACUGGAUCGCAGGGUUCGGUCGUGGUCCCAUGCCACCUACUCUGUUGGGCAUCAGGCAAAAUUUACACAAUCAGCACCGGCGGCUGCUCGGGAUGGAGGAGGUGCGAUCAGAGAGGAGGCUGGGCAGGAUGUUCUACACCAUCACCCUGCUCUUUCUGGUCCUCUGGGCACCGUACAUCGUGGCGUGCUUCUGGAGGGUGUUCGUAAAGUCCUGCACCAUCCCUCAUAGGUACCUUUCCAUCACAGUGUGGAUGAGCUUCGCCCAGGCCGGAGUGAACCCCAUCUUCUGCCUCCUGCUGAACGAAGACCUGAGGAAAGUGCUGAGAGCUCAUCUGCCUACUUACUGGAGGACUAAACAACACCUGCCCCAGGAUGAGGCCUACUGCAUCAUGUGAGAUUAAAAUGAGCCUAAAGAGGGGGAUGUUUCACGUUUUAAGGGGGAAUUUGGAGAGCAGAAGGGUUGCAAUGCACCUUGCUUAAGUGUCAGUGUCUGUUUUGUUGUUUUGCACAACAAAAUCCAAAUUUUGCUAACAAAUGCGGGCACAGUGCCGAUAUCUGAAGAAUGUUUAUAUGUGAAAAAAUGUGUGCGUUGCAAAGGUUUGGAUAGGGCAGUAGAAACGCCCUGGUAACACUUUAAGGGUGUGUACCGCUGAUGACGGACUAUAUAAUUAAUAAAUUGGAAAGAUCACAACAAUCACCGCUCCAGCUAAGUGUGUCAGAUGCCAUUUUAAAAUAACGUUGCCUUAUUUCAGAGGGACACGCCCCAGAGCUUUCAGCUGAGAAUGCGUUUCUGUGUCACAUAAGGCACAAAACAGACACAGAGAGGCUUGAAAUCCUUGAAGAAAUGUGCCGUGGACUGUGAAUAGAAAGUGUUGAUCAGAGCGUUACUAACUCUGAAACACAUCAAGGAACUCAAAGGGUCUAAAUGGAUUGAUAGACCACCCUGGACGCCUUUUCAUGUAUUUCAAAAAGAGACUGCAGAAUAUCAAGUGGACUCAAUAACCUUGGAUACAUUUAAAUAGCUGUUGUGAUCCCAGAAGCCCCUAACAUGCUUGAUUUUUUUGGACUUGAUUUAGGGCGUGUCAGGUUUCUUUGUAUCAUAAAAAAAAAAUUGCCUGUUUUCCUUUAUUUGUAAACAAUACAUGUUAAGCAGAUGACACUAUUUUGAAAUAUGACUUGAUUUCAUAUUGUAUAGACCGUACAGGAAUCUAUAUUCCUGUUUGUGUGUUUUUAUAGAGCAUUUGUG